AUGUCUCUAUCCUCAGCCAGCCACCGUCACUCCUAGGAGAAACUGUGAGAAAGGCAGAGAUCACGCCGAUCAUUGAGUUCUAGGAGCCAUGGGGCACACCCAGGAUCUCAUCUUGAAGUCCAUGGAGAACUUGACCAUCAAUGAGCUCAGGAAGUUCAAGCUCAAACUUUUCCCUCAUCCACUAUGGGAUGGUUUUGACUGUAUGCCCAGAGGGGCCCAGCUUCCCCUGGAUGCCUUGGACUUCACCAACAAAACAGUCAACCUCUACCUGGAGGACUAUGGGUUGGAGUCGGCAGAGGUGCUCAGGGAGCUGGGUGAGCUAGAGGAGGCGGUCAGUCUUCAGGAGACUGUGAAGUCUGCCUCAGGAUGUGUCUCAGAUGGAAAUGUAGCCCAAUCCACUCCAGUACCAGCCCCAACAUCCACCCCAUCAGUUCCCUCUGUCCUAUACCCCCCAUGGAUACAUUUUGGGGACAAGUAUUGGACAGACUUCCUCAACUGUGUCAUCCAACUGGACCCUGUCCUAGACAAAUUGUAUGGAAAUGUCCUCAGCAAGGAACAAUACCAAGAAGUCAGGGCUGAGGACAUCAAUCUGGACAAAAUGAGAAAGCUCUGCAGCUUCAUGGCAGACUGGUACCUCAGCCACAAAGACCUGUUCCUUAAAGCCUUGAGGGAGACCUAGCCUAUCCUGAUGGAAGAUCUGAAGUGAGAUGGAAGGAUGCCUUUUCACCUCUAACCCACAGAACUGUUCUUUGAGGAAAGAAAAGAAAAGAAAGGAAAAGAAGGAUUUAAUAUCUAAAUAAAAGCAAGCCAAGGCAGCAGUCAAAUGAAAAGGAAGAGAAGGAGGUAGAGAAGGGAAAAAACCUACAGCUAUUGCUUCUACUACAAUCUCUCAGAACACAGCUCCUGUGCUGGGACGCAGGUGUCUAGU